GAUAGUAUAGAUACGUGAACGGAGGUCUAAAACCCUAGCUCCUGGCCUGGGCUGUGCGGUUCGGCCGAUGGAAGCCACCGGGUCACCACCACACUCCACCACCGCCGUUGCUCCCGCCGCAGAAGAUAAUGCGGCAACCAUUGGGUUACGACCAGACUCCACCACCGACAUAGCUCCCUCCCCGGAAAAUAAUGCCACACAGGAUCCGGCCGUUUCUCAAUCCAUAUCCAAAUCUACUUCUGAGCCCAUGGAAAUCAUCGGUUCCACCGCUGAACCCAUGGAAAUUAACGAUGUCGCCGCCGGGACCGCUCCGGAAAGUCAAACGCAACUGGAGCCCCAACCGCGCAAGAAACGGCGCCGGCGCAAGAAAAUCUUCACGGACAUGAUCUCUUCGUCUGCCUCGCGUCUUCGCCUUCUUCGCACGCAGCCCAAACCCUCCGCCACCGGAGACCUCGAAGACUCUGCUUCCGGACAACCCCGCAAGCGCAGGGGGCCCGCCGACCUCUCUAAGGAGGUCGACAUUGAAGCCCUAAUUGCAAUAUCUGUUGGAUUCCCGGUAGAUUCCCUCACGGAGGAAGAAAUCGAGGCGAAUGUGGUCUCCCAAAUCGGCGGCGCCGAGCAGGCCAACUAUAUUAUCGUGCGCAACCACAUUCUGGCCCGGUGGCGGUCAAAUGUAGCGGUUUGGCUCACCAAGGACCAAGUGUUGGAGUCCAUACGCGCCGAGCACAAAAACCUCGUGAACGCCGCCUAUAAUUUCCUUCUCCACCAUGGGUAUAUCAAUUUUGGUGUUGCCCCAGCGAUCAAGGAUGUCAAGUCCAAGUUGUUCAGUGAAACGCCAAAAGGAAGCGUGAUUGUGAUAGGUGCUGGGCUGUCAGGUUUAGUUGCUGCUAGGCAGUUGAUUUUUCUGGGCUUUAAGGUGGUUGUGCUUGAAGGCCGGGCCAGGCCUGGAGGUAGAGUUCGAACCAAGAAAAUGAGUGGAACUGAUGGGAGUGUUGUGGGUGCGGCGGAUUUAGGUGGCAGCGUCUUGACGGGAAUUAAUGGGAAUCCUUUGGGGGUUUUAGCCCGACAGCUUGGGUUUCCGCUUCACAAGGUGAGGGAUAUCUGUCCUUUGUACUUGCCCAAUGGUCGAAUGGUUAAUUCUGAUGUUGAUUCAAAAGUAGAGGUCUCGUUUAAUAAACUGUUGGAUAGGGUUUGUAAACUUAGGCAGGGGAUAAUGGAUGAGAUCAGGAGUGUGGACAUUUCAUUGGGGACGGCCUUGGAGGCAUUUAGGCGCGUGUAUAAAGUAGCGGAGGAGCCGUUGGAGCGGAUGCUAUUGGAUUGGCAUUUGGCAAAUCUUGAGUAUGCCAAUGCCACACUGAUGUCCAAUUUGUCCAUGGCUUUCUGGGAUCAGGAUGACCCAUAUGAAAUGGGUGGGGAUCAUUGUUUUAUACCUGGAGGGAAUGAGAGGCUCAUUAGGGCUUUGGCAGAGGACCUUCCAAUUUUCUACGAUCAUCCAGUAGAGAGCGUGAGAUAUGGAAGUGAUGGGGUUGGUGCUUUGCACAGUCCCACUUGGGGUGCUCAAGAAGGGAGAAAUAGAGUUUGUACCGGAGCUUCCUCAAAGGAAAAAAGAUGCGAUUGGGAGACUAGGAUUUGGGUUAUUAAAUAAAGUAGCCAUUUUGUUCCCGUACGAUUUUUGGGGUGGAGAAAUUGAUACUUUCGGGCAUUUGACAGAGGACCCUAAUAUGAGGGGUGAAUUCUUUCUCUUUUAUAGUUAUUCUUCUGUAGCUGGUGGACCUCUCCUUGUUGCUCUUGUGGCUGGAGAAGCUGCUGUCAAGUUUGAAAGGAUGUCUCCAAUUGAAUCAGUAAGCAGGGUGUUGGAAAUUUUGAAGGGUAUUUUCAGCCCAAAAGGAAUUGCAGUUCCAGAUCCAGUUCAAGCAGUUUGUACUCGUUGGGGUCAGGAUCAGUUCUCAUAUGGCUCAUAUUCUUAUGUUGCAAUUGGUGCUUCAGGAGAUGAUUAUGAUAUUCUCGCAGAGAACGUCGCUGACCGAGUUUUUUUUGCUGGAGAAGCCACUAACAAACAGUAUCCAGCCACAAUGCAUGGGGCUUUUCUCAGUGGGAUGAGAGAGGCUGCUCACAUAAUGAGGGUAGCCGGGAGGAGAUCAGUUGCUCCAGCUGCAAAAGUGAAUACUGUAAAUUACGAAAGCAAGGAUUUGGAUCCACUGUUUGAGACACCUGAUCUUGCAUUUGGCAGCUUUUCAAUUUUGUUUGAUCCACAGUCAACAGAUAUGGAAUCAAAUGCUUUGUUGCGAGUUGCUGUUGGGAGCGAGAAGUCGGACUCUGAUAAUAUAUAUCUCUAUGGCUAUAUUCAGAGGAAGCAGGCCAUUGAGCUGAAUACUUUGGAAGAAGAUGUGAAGAGGAUGGAGAUGUUAACCCACAACUUUCAGGUGAGGUUGGUUGGAAGUAACAGCUUAUGUAAUGCUGCAGAGUCUCUCAUCAGCAAAAUCAAAUCAGAGCUGGAGCUGCGAAGUGCUGUAUAGUGUCAAUACAUUCUAAACUUAGAAGGAUUGCCUCUCAAAGUCUCUUUGUUGUAGGGCAUUGAUAUUUUAUUUUCAUGAUAGCUAGAACUUCAAAGGAUCUCAUGAAGCCUGACUUGUUUAACCUCAGCCUUGUAAAUAUAGCAUGGUUGCAUUAAUCGCCUCUUCAAUUA